AAGUAGCUCCCAAAUCGAAAUGUAUCAAUCAGAACUGGGACUUGUGCAAUGGACUACGAUCGAAUUCGGCCGGUGCGCUACUUGACGGGUUUACUGAAGUGGUGGCGACUCUGGCCAAGGAAGGAUGCGGUCUCCAAACCGGACUGGACCAACUGGCAGGGCUAUGCGUUGCACGUGCCAUUCACCUGGUUGUUUGUGGUGCUUCUGUGGGUGGAGGCCAUCAGGAGCAGGGACAUACAGCAUACCGCGGAUGUCCUUUUGAUCUGCCUAACCACAACUGCGUUGGGCGGUAAAAUGAUCAACAACUGGAAGUACGCCCAUGUGGCCCAGGGCAUUCUGACCGAAUGGAGCACAUGUGAUCUCUUCGAGCUGAGAAGCCAACAGGAAGUGGAUAUGUGGCGAUUCGAGCAUCGCCGUUUCAGCCGCGUUUUCAUGUUCUAUUGCCUGUGCAGUGCUGGCGUAAUUCCAUUCAUUGUGAUUCAGCCGCUGUUCGAUAUUCCCAAUCAAUUGCCCUUCUGGAUGUGGACACCAUUCGACUGGCGGCAGCCGGCGCUCUUUUGGUAUCCAUUCAUCUACCAGGCCAUAACCAUUCCGGUUACCUGUAUGUGCAACAUCACCAUGGACGCCGUUAACUGGUACAUGAUGCUGCAUCUGUCCCUGUGCCUGCGAGUGUUGGGCCAGCGAUUGGGUAAGCUUCAGCAUGAUGACAAGGAUCUGAGGGAGAAGUUCCUGGAACUGGUCCAACUGCACCGCAGACUUAAGCAACAGGCCUUGGGCAUUGAGUGCUUUAUUUCGAAGAGCACGUUCACCCAAAUCCUGGUCAGCUCCCUAAUCAUUUGCUUCACCAUUUACAGCAUGCAGAUGGUGAGCGUCUGCAGUUUAGGUUUUCCAUUCGGCUAUAACCCUGUUGAUUCCUGUUUAGAGUCCCGUCCUGCAGGACUUGCCAGGAUUUGCAGCCAUGAUGAAUUACUUAUUGGCCAUGAUCAUGGAAAUCAUGCUGCCCACCAUAUAUGGCAACGCGGUCAUCGAUUCUGCAAAUAUGCUGAGCGACUCCAUGUACAAUUCCGAUUGGCCGGAUAUGAAUUAUCGAAUGCGUCACCUAGUUCUGAUGUUUAUGGUGUACUUAAAUCGUCCGGUGUCCUUAAGAGCCGGUGGCUUUUUCCAUAUUGGUUUACCUUUGUUCACUAAGACCAUGAAUCAAGCAUACAGCUUGCUGGCCUUGCUGCUCAACAUGAACC